UUUUCAGCUUCUUUUUGCCAUUAACACGAUUUUGAACAGUCUGUAUUUGAGUUUUUCUAUGUACUCGACUCGUAUUGUUGUUGUCCGUCUGCCCGUCUGCUCGUCUGUCUGUCUGUCUGGCUGGGUGGAGUACUUAGCCGCGGACAGUUGAAUUGUCCGACUACCGCAUUUCGCCGACCGGGGCAGGCAGCUUCAAUUUUUGAUUGGAGCUCGACUCGUGCGGUUCGCGGUCGGUGGCGCAUGCGCAAAAAAAAAUCAUUUUGUUCGUAACGCGAAUUCGACUCCAGUUCCUGGACAACAUGUUGUGGAUAUUAUUGGUAUCGCCGGCGGCGCUGUCGCUGCUGCCCAUGCUGCUCAAUUAUCGCGGAGUUGUGGCAAAUGUCACGGUAAUGGAUGACAUUAGGAACGCCUUCAGAGGCGUCACCAACGACACCGAGCUGCUGAACCACAUUAUACCGGAAAUGUACGGUUCAAGUAUGCGCAGUGCGAAUCCCACCUUUGUCUUCAGAAUGCCCACCCGUGGCAGCGGUGAUGGCUUCGAGCUGCUCACCAUGCAGCGUUCUGAUUUCGCAGAACCAAUCUUUCCCAAUAUCACCGAAAUAUCAGCCACGACCAGCACGGCUCCCUUGGCCGCUGAACCGCCGGAAACGAAUGUGAAGACCAGCCUGGUGACCUCGCCCCACGCCGAAUGGCAGCAAAUGGGUCUGGAAGGAUGGUCGGGCGAACUGAAGCCUCCUCUUCCCUGGCUGGAGCAGAGCCACAAGGACACUCAUCCAGCGAUUAGCUGGCAGAAUACAUAUCCUCGCGAUGAGAUACUCCUGGAUCUGAAGAACAAGCACUUCGAUGGCCGCGUGACCGACAUACGGGUCAUAGCUGCCACAAGUGGCAGGCCUGCGGAGAUGGAGGAUCUGAUGAACGGACAGAACGUGUAUAUUGCGCGGGUGAACGAUCCCUUUGGCUACUCCAUGAAGUGGACGUUCAACAAUGCCAGCAGCCAGAAGCCGGGUCCAGACCCAGAGCCUUUGGAAGAGCAAAAAAUGGCCGUGGAUCGUGGCAAACGGGAUGUGGCCAAGCUGUACUCCAUGAUCAAAUGCUCGACGGGCUGCGAUCCGCUGAUAUACAAGGGAUACGGCUGCUAUUGUGGCUUCGGUGGCCACGGAGUGCCCGCCGAUGGCAUCGAUCGAUGCUGUCGUCUCCACGACAAAUGCUACGGCCAGAGCAACUGCAUCUCCUACUUGGAGUACUUUGUCCCGUACGUGUGGAAGUGCUAUCGGGGCAAGCCCCUGUGCGCCGUCGAUCACGGCGAGUGGGGGGGUCCCGACUCCUGUGCGGCCCGUCUCUGCCAGUGCGAUCUGCGGCUCUCGCGAUGUCUCAAGAAGUACUACUGUCCCAAGCGAAGGUCCAUUUGCCACUCAUCCCGAUCGCGACGCUUGCAAAAUUUAAUAUUCUUCGAUUAGUUAAAUGUUAGGCUUUAUUGUUGA